CUCCGCGGCUCGGCCGGGGCAGGGGCAGGGCACGGUGGCAGCGCCCGGAGCGCGCUUCGGGGGGAUGGCGGCGGGUGAACGGGGCCCCUCCGGGAAAAUCCGCCUGGGGAAGGGCGGCCGGCCCGCUCGGCAACCGUGUGCUGCCGCCCCGUGCGUCCCUGCUGGUAGCAGUGGGCAACCAGCUUUUCCCAGCUUGACGAGACACAUGCAGGCUCCCUGAGGACCCUCUGAGCGUGCUGAUCUGCAGCAGAAUCAUACAGCCCCGGCCUCUGGACAGCAGCUUGUGCAGGUGGACGAGUGUGGUGACGGCUUUACCAUGCUCCGAGCCUUUAGUCACACAAACGGUAAGUGUGCGUUCCAUCAUGCCAAGUGUCGGCACCAUCACAAGUCUGUGCUGGCAAUCAGGAGAGAAGACGUUAAUGCAUGGGAAAGGAGAGCACCCCUAGCACCAAAGCAUGUUAAGGAACUGACACAGAUGGGAUACAAAGUCCUGGUGCAGCCAUCAAACCGGAGAGCCAUCCACGAAAAGGACUACGUCAAAGCAGGUGGCAUUAUUCAGGAAGACAUUUCUGAGGCUUCUCUGAUAGUGGGUGUGAAGAGACCUCCAGAGGACAAAUUAAUUCCUAAAAAGAACUACGCCUUCUUUUCUCACACUAUUAAAGCCCAAGAGGCAAACAUGCCCCUUUUGGAUGAGAUUCUAAGACAGGAAAUUCGACUGUUUGACUAUGAAAAAAUGGUUGAUCAUAAAGGAAUGCGAGUUGUGGCCUUUGGAAAGUGGGCUGGUGUAGCAGGAAUGAUCAACAUUUUGCAUGGAUUGGGAUUACGAUUUUUAGCCCUGGGACAUCACACUCCCUUCAUGCACAUUGGGAUGGCACAUAACUACAGAAAUAGCAGUCAGGCCGUGCAGGCAGUACGCGAUGCUGGGUAUGAAAUUUCUCUGGGACUGAUGCCAAAGUCAGUUGGGCCCUUGACAUUUGUGUUUACAGGCACUGGUAAUGUUUCUAAGGGCGCCCAAGAAAUGUUCAAUGCUCUGCCAUGUGAAUUUGUGGAACCACAUGAGUUAAAGGAAGUUUCCCAAUCCGGAGACCUCAGAAAAGUUUAUGGGACAGUGUUAAGUCGGCACCAUCAUCUUGUAAGGAAGCAUGAUGGAAUGUAUGAUCCAGUAGACUAUGAUAAACAUCCAGAACUUUACACUUCUCGCUUCAACACUGAUAUUGCACCCUACACAACUUGUUUAAUUAAUGGCAUAUACUGGGAACAACAUACUCCUCGCUUGUUAAGUCGACAGGAUGCUCAGAAGCUGCUCAUGCCCAUUAGAUCUGCUGCAGGUGCACCGGAGGGCUGUCCUGAGCUACCGCACAAACUUCUGGCAAUAUGUGACAUUUCGGCAGACACUGGAGGAUCUAUAGAAUUUAUGACGGAGUGUACAACAAUUGACAGCCCAUUUUGUAUGUAUGAUGCUGACCAGCAUAUUAUUCAUGACAGUGUUGAAGGCUCUGGGAUUCUGAUGUGUUCCAUUGACAAUCUGCCAGCACAGCUUCCUAUAGAAGCUACAGAGUACUUUGGUGAUAUGCUUUUCCCAUAUAUUGAGGAGAUGCUGUUAUCUGAAGGCUCAGAACCUCUUGAAAACCAGAAUUACUCAUCUGUUGUUCGAGAUGCAGUGAUUGCAUCCAAUGGCUCACUGACAGCUAAGUAUGAAUAUAUCCAGAAAUUGAGGGAGAGCAGGGAGUACGCCCAGAUGUUGAACGUGGAUAAUAAGAAGAGGGUUUUAGUACUUGGAUCCGGAUAUGUUUCCGGCCCUGUACUUGAAUAUCUCACUAGAGAUUCCAACAUUGACAUCACAAUUGCAUCUGUCAUGGAGGAGCAACUUGAACAACUGACAAAAAAAUUCAGCAAUGUCACUUCAGUUCAUAUGGAUGUCCUUAAGCAUGAGGAAAAGCUGUCCUCUUUGGUGAAGAAACACGACCUUGUGAUCAGUUUGCUGCCUUACUCAGCACAUCCUUUGGUUGCUAAGAAAUGUAUUAACAACAAAGUGAACUUGGUAACAGCAAGCUACUUAACACCUGCUAUGAAAGAACUCCAGAAGAGUGUAGAAGCUGCUGGUAUUACAGUUAUCAGUGAAGUGGGCUUGGAUCCUGGUCUUGACCAUAUGUUGGCAAUGGAAUGUAUUGACAAGGCAAAAGAAGUUGGUGCCACGGUUGUAUCCUACACUUCUUUCUGUGGUGGCCUACCAGCUCCAGAGCACUCUGACAAUCCUCUGAGGUACAAGUUCAGUUGGAGCCCACAAGGAGUCUUGCUGAAUACAGUUCAGUCUGCUACAUAUUUAAAAAAUGGAGAGGUUAUCAAUAUUCCUGCUGGAGGAGCGUUGCUUGAUUCUGUUACUUCGAUGGAUUUUUUCCCAGGAUUAAAUUUGGAAGGUUUUCCUAACAGAGACAGUACAAAAUAUGCUGAGCCGUAUGGUAUUCAGACAGCUCACACUUUGUUAAGAGGCACCUUAAGAUACAAAGGAUACUCUAAAACUAUGGGAGGCUUUGUGAAAUUAGGAUUAAUUAACCCAGAUCCUUAUCCUUUGCUAAACUCGGCCACACCCCGUCUAACCUGGAAACAACUCAUGUGCAAACUGGUGGGAAUUCAGCCUCCUGUUGAAUACUCUGUUCUCAAAGAAGCUGUAUUUAACAAACUGGAAAAAGACAAAAGUCAGCUUGAAGCUGUGGAAUGGCUAGGAUUACUGGGAGAUGAACCUGUUCCAGCAGCAGAUUCCAUUGUGGGGGCUCUUGCAAAGCACAUGGAGAUGAAUCUGCCUUUUGGCACUGGAGAGAGAGAUAUGAUUGUUAUGAGAAAUGAAAUAGGUCUCAGGCAUCCUUCUGGUCAUUUGGAAGACAAAUUCAUUGAUCUGGUUGUCUAUGGUGAUAACAAAGGAUAUUCUGCCAUGGCUAAAACAGUAGGAUACCCCACAGCUAUUGCUGCUAAAAUGGUUCUGGAAGGUGAAAUAGAUGUCAAAGGCAUGGUUAUACCAUUGACGAAGAACAUUUAUGGACCAAUACUUGAACGUGUUAGGGCAGAAGGUAUUGUAUACAGUACUCAUAGUGUUAUCAGACAGUAACUGGAAGCAAUGGAUUGAAUCUGAUUUUGGCUUUGUUUGCUUUCCCACCACAACGUGAAUAAUCUAAAUUUGGACCAGUUAAAGACAGCAUCUGGUACUUCAGACCCAAAUGGUGCCUUCCAUAAAAUCAGUUGCCUGACUUUGACAUAGAAACUGUAGAUGCCCAGAUGCAUGUGGUAGUGUUUUUCUUUCAAAGCUGUUACACUUUCAUGCACGUUUCAGCAUCAAUGAAAUCUUUGCUCACAUCUCCUCAUAUCUUUCCACAAAUACCUUUUUUUUUAAUUAGAAUUUAUCUCCUAAAUGUAUAGGGUUAUUAUUGAGUCAAAACUCAGCUGAAAGGAAAAUCCACAAGUGGCUUUUGUGAAGGAAAAGUCUGCUUAAUUAAUUCCCUUUAUUAAGUUUGAGUUUAUUUUAUCCUUUUUAUGUGCUGUAAACAAUAUAGUAGAGAUAGAAGUUAAAUUUUAAGUCUUGUCCUGUUCCUUUUGACAGUAUUUGUGAACAUUUUCACAAUAACAAUAUGCAAGAAAUAGUUUUAAAGUUCUGCAGUACUAGCAAAUAAAAUCCUUUUAAAUCUUGAAGAGAUUCAGCUGUUUGAACCUAGAUCUUAAUAUUAGUGAAUUCCCUCUCUUACAAACGUGAACUUAACUCCCUCCGUCCACCAAUUUAAUUUUAAAACAACUUACCUUCCAUUCCCUUUCCCUUUACAGAGCGGAAACUGUGAUAUGUUGAAAUAGCUGUUACGUGCCCUUUUUGCUGUUAGGAGAGCACAUUAGCAUUUAGCUCUGCAGCUAGGAAGGGUAUUCUUAAAUACACCACAGUUAAUGUGUUCACAAGCUGUUCUAAAUGACAUGUUUACUCUUUCCACUUAUCCCACAUGCCUCGUCCAGGUUAAGUACUGUUACAAAGGGAAUAGUCUGUCUAAUAUAAGCAGCUUUGAAAUGCAGUAGGCUUAGAGGCUUAAAUCAUUACUUUUUUGAGUUAGCUUCUGUCCUUUUGCUAUCAUGCUUUUGAAUUGUUGCUUUGGGAGCCUAUCCAUACUACUCAAUUCAUUGCCACUUCAGACUGAUGAAGGUUUGCCAGUGCACCGGCUUAUUUGAGUGCUGUGUUUCACAGCCAUGCCAGCCCAGCUCUAGCAGCAGUGUAGCUGCACCAGCCCAGAACUGAACUUCAGUGUGACUUCAGCUUCUCUCUGACUAAACAGCAACUGCUUCCUUCCAGUUCAGGGCUGUUUCUGUACAUUAGCUCAGGGAUUUCUACAUCACCUUGCAAUGCAAGUAUGGGUUAGAUUUCUACAUCACCUUGCAAUGCAAGUAUGGGUUAGAUUUCUACCAAUUAGGUCUGUGCAAAGCUGUGUGCAGAUGCCAGCUACACUAGUACCCGUGCAGCUGUCUAGAACUCCCCUUCUCUAAAGCUGAAUAGUGAUUCUGGAAGCUGUCUCCUUCAACUUUGCUCACAAAUGCACUUUGCUGAUAAAUGCACAGUCUUUUAUCUCCUGAGCGGCAUAGUUAUAUUACAACGGUCCUGAGGGGCUAGAAUUCCCGGUGUUGCUCUGUCUGGUAGGAAAAACAACCAUAAGUAUAGCUGAAGUUUUAAUCUCCAAGACUUGCUACUCGAGAUUUGGAAUUUGUUCUUGCAUAUGUGGUGAAAUAGCACCAGCAACAAAGAGGAAGGUGAAAGCAACCAAAGAGAGAAGGAAUAAUGAAGGACAUUAUUAUAAUAAUGUCAAAGAGGAGGGCUUUUUACAUUGAAUCAGUGAAUGCCUUUGUGCUGUUGAAUUUGGAGUCUGUUACAUUGCCAUGCGUUUUCUGAGUAUUGAAUAAAAUCCUGACUCCACUAAGUUGCUGUUCUGAUCACUGUUGCUGCCUCUGUCCCCCAGGUAGAUUAGAGGCCUAAAUCUAAGGUUUAAAAUGAAAUUUGUAUCUGCUGGUCUCUUCCAUUCCAGUGCUGGGUGAGACGAUUUCACUUGAGAAUUCUCUUUUUCUCUUUUAGCCCACAAAUACACAACCAUGGAGUUAUGACUCUCUGUAUAUAUACCUUGUUUGUUUUAUUCUUUUGGCCCCAAAAUGCAAUAUGCAAACAAAAUUGGAUUUAUUUUUUAAUGUCUGUAAUGACUUUGGAACAUAAAAGGAAUGAGCACUACAAUGUGUACAAAGAAACACUGUUACUAUGUUUGAAAAAUUUUGUAUCAGAAUGUUGUUUCCCAGUGCAAUGCUUUUUGUUUUCUGAAUUGGUCUUAAAUGUAUUGUUCAGCUUUUGUAUGAAGAUUAGACUUCUUGGUCCUCUUUGCAUACUAUUGGAAAGAUAAUUGUAUCUUAUACAUAAGAUUGCCUGAAAAAAUAAAUCCAGAAACCUG